GCCUUUAUUUACAGAUGAACCUCAACAGCGGCGCCGUCGCCUUCACUUUCGGUAUUAUUUUCCUAGUUCUAUCCAUCUGUUUUGCCUGCCUCCGCCUUCGCCGGCUCUCCGGCAACCCCACCAUGUUCAAUUUUCUUGCACGUCCUUCUGCCGCCGCCAUACCAGUUGAAGCCGUCGAACCCCCCGCGGUAGCAGAACGUGGUCUCGAUGACUCCAUUAUCAACAGCUUCCCCAAGCUCUCCUACUCUGAGAUGAAGAAAAGCUCUUAUAAUAAUCCCAACAAUACUGAAGACCCUUCUAAUAAUUCCUCUUCAUGUUCCAUCUGCUUAGCAGAUUAUAAGGAAGAAGACAUGUUAAGGUUGCUCCCUGAUUGUGGCCAUCUUUAUCAUCUUCGUUGCGUUGACCCAUGGCUCAAGUUACACAACACUUGCCCUGUAUGUCGAACUCGAACCUUCCCUUCUGUUAAAGCUGACGAUGAUCGGUCAAAUAACUCCGUCGAGGGGGACAUAGUUUGAUCGUCGGUCGGCGUUUUGUGUUGCACGUAGAUGAAAAUACUGAGUCAAAUACAUAGGAUUGAAUGAGUCACCAUGUUUUCUGUGUAUAUAAAUUGCAUUUAUUUGUCAUAUAC